AGAAACGCAAAUUCAUUCUUCUCACAUUUCUCUCUCCUCUCUCUUUCUCUGGUCUUUCUCUCUCCACAAACCCUAAAAAAAGUCCGUUUACCCCCCUCUCGUACACUAUUUUGGAUGGACGAUGAUGGGUUGCGAAAUUGGGGAUGUUACUAUGAACCUGCGGACCGGUGUCCUGUACCUUUGCCACUUUUGUCUUCUAUGGUUGACCAUAGAGACACAAAGCCCUUAUUUUCUCCACGAGAAAACCCGAUGAUGCUAGACCCAAACUUGCAUCCUAGUGGUUUCUCUUACCACCUUUCUACUCGGAAUUCGAUGGUGUCUGAGGCACGUGGCCCAUUGCAGUACAUGGGGGGUGAUUGGAUACAUAGAGAGAGGCUCAUUAAUAUGUUACCUGGAAAUCACAAUCUGUCAGUCAAUCAUGGUACUUCAUCCUCGCAGUCAAUGCACAUGAUGCAGCAGCAGUUUGAUCCUUCAAAGGAUCACGGGAUUAGUCUAGAUGACCUUACGGGUGAUGGUUGUGACAGUGGGGGUGAUGGUGGUGGUGCACCAUCUAAGAAAAGAACGGGGGCAGGGUCAGGUACCCCCAAGCAACCUCGAGCUAAGAAGCCAAAGAAAGCAGCUUUACCGAAAGAAAAUGGGAAUCCAUCUGGUCAACGGUCGAAAUCUAUCAAGAGAAAUAUGGAUGUGGUGAUUAACGGGAUUGAUAUGGAUAUUUCUGGCAUUCCGAUACCUGUUUGCUCGUGUACUGGGGUUCCCCAGCAGUGUUAUAGAUGGGGCUGUGGCGGGUGGCAGUCCGCUUGUUGUACAACUACAAUAUCAAUGUAUCCGCUUCCAAUGAGCACAAAACGUCGUGGAGCAAGGAUUGCUGGCAGGAAAAUGAGCCAAGGUGCAUUUAAGAAGGUUCUUGAGAAACUUGCAUCUGAAAGCUACAACUUUGCUAAUGCAAUUGAUUUGAGGACUUACUGGGCAAAACAUGGCACCAACAAGUUUGUAACCAUCAGGUAGACUAGACUUGAUAUUUGGUUUAACUUGUAUAUAUGUUUGUGCCCCUUUGCAGAGGUUUACAUGGUUUCUUUGUUAGUCCAUGAAUUUUCGUAGUCAUGAUACCCAGUUUUUUAAGAACAUUUAGACAUUUGAGGAAUUGAGGUCUCCAUAACAUUGUUUCAUUUUCACUUGAAGUUACGCUAAAAUGCUAACUUCUUGGCCCCUUUCAAUGGUAGAAUUAUGUUUUUUUUUUAUUCA